AUCAAGCCCCACCAAAUACAGAUGUUGGUCUCUGCCUGGCGUCGGAAAACUCCAGUCACAGUUGGAUCAUGUCCGCUCUGUGGGCUGACAGAUCUGGAUGCCGAGGCCGUUGUGAACCAUGUUGCCGAGCACCUGCAUUCAUUUUCGCUCAAAUCUUUACCAUGGGCGCCAGGAGACUCUGAGUCUAAUUGGGACUUAUAUGGAGGCUAUUAUGAAGAUCAUCCUUAUUUUGAUACAGCAAGAUCCGAGGAUACACGAAGAUCGGAAGAUACUGGAAGUGCGGGAUCAGGAUCUAUUGAGUUGUCUGACCCACUGGACUAUCUGCCUAUCAUGGAAUACGACGAGGAGCCAACGGAAAACAACCAAUUGACAGAAGAAAGAAUCCACUGUCUUUCGGAGGAUCCGGAUAGUAGCCAGGAUAUGAUGGGUUUGUUCUUAGCUAGCAUCGAGAACGAAGAUCCUGUAACGGCACCCUUUCAAACGCCAUCAUCGCCAGCUGGCCGUGAUAGCGAUCUACCUUUGGACGAGGAAGAAGUAGGCCGAGUCUCCGAAUCCCAACAUCUUCCACCAUUAUCACUCACAGUACCUACGGAUUCUGAUGAUGAUGACUCUCCGGCCGUUCGACCGCCACUGCCAGCCCCAUCUGACAGCGAACCCUCCACAGAUGGAGAGGAUGAACACCAAGGUUCUGCAUCGCAUAACCCUCCGUCAUCGUCACCAGCCGAAUCCGGUUCAUAUUCUAAUAACGAGUCUGCACCUCCAGGCUUCCAGGCAUCAUCAGUGGCCGAGGAAAGGCACCUGUCACACGAUCUGUCACGGUUUAUUGAUCUCGAUGCAACUCCGCUCCACAGAGCUCGGAAGGCUGAAGCUGCCAUUAACGCCGGAGCAGUAGCUACUGGAUUCUCUUCAUUUUCUGAGAUGGUUCUUAGCCAACCCAGUCUCCCACAGGAUAUCAAUUCCGCCGGCGAAUCACUGAGUACCAGUAUUGUCCUUUAUAAUAUAAAUCAUUUUCACGAUUCAUUGGACACGCUUUUUCGGCUGUGUUUCGACUGGGUUUCCAAUUUUUUGGAACCCUUCAGUGAUGUGUUAUGUCGCUCACUCGAUGACCUGCAUCCCGCAAAUAGUCGUGAUCGAUUCCGCGAUGCCAUACUGAAUGGAUCCGACGUUGAUGCGCUUCUUGCCUACCCUAUUCACCGGCGAAAUAUCUUCAUGUCCGUCACGAUGACUAUGAUCUGGGAACUCAUAUUCACACGGUACCUAUUCGGCUUGGAACGGUCAAUACGCUCAGGAAUCAAGCGGUUAGAGAAGGAAUUAGGGCAGACUCUGCCACAGGAAGUAGUCCAUCGCUGGCGAGCCACGACGUUGAAUUUAUUAUCCCAGGAUACUGAGUUGAAACAGCAGCAAGAGCGUGAUAUUCAAGCUAUUUCACUUACUAUUAUCGAUACACUGAUGUCUAUACUAUCGGAAAGGAGUCCUUAUAAGCCUCGACUGCGCGAGGAGCUCGACGAGGUAUUACGCCUUGCUGUGAAACUCUCUGUUGAAAUGCGUACGCAAAUGGCAGAUUACAUUAUGCUACCCCCUCUUCAGCCAGAGUAUGACAGCCAAGGCAACUUGACAAAUCAGAUCUUCUUCAACGCCUCGUUGAUGCAUGAUGAGAGUGGCGUGUAUGCAUCAGAUGAACAGGCACAAAGUGAACAGGCUGUUGUUCGCUUAGUCCUUUUCCCUUUGGUAGUGAGAAAGGGCGAUGACGAUGGCAAAGGAGACGAAGAGGUGGUUGUUUAUCCAGCUCAGAUAGUGGUGUUAGAUACGUCAGAUAGUGGUAGGCCUCACCCGUCGCCCUCUCAUGACACAAGAGACUUUUCUGCUGCAAAUGACGAGGCGGACUAUGAUUCGGACAGGACUUCGGCAGGUAGCGCUCCAAGUCAAGUGUCGGUCGAUGUUAGAGGAGUGCCACUUUAG